GCGGGAGCGGCGCAUGGCGGCGUGAGGGGAGCGCCGGGCGGCGGCGCGGCACUUGGACAGCACAAGUAUUUUCUAAUUUCCCUUGUAACAGAGCUGCCCUAUCAAGGAAAAACCCAGAGUUUCCCUCUGAGGGUAUGGAAUGUUAGCGUGGAGCUCAGCUGACACACCUGAACAGGAAUCUGCGACAUUCCAGAUUUAGACGUCUCGAUGGAUACGUGGAGCUACUUCCAUACUUGCCUGGUGUCCAUAUGGCUGCACAGAUUUUACAUCUAUUCUGCUGUUGCUUUUGGGAUCAGCCUUUGGAUUGUUGUUCAGUUCACCACCACCAGAACCAAAAGGAAGGGUGAGAAAUCCCACGGGAAUCCCGCUUCCUCCGAGGGAACAGCAGACAAACUGGGGAAUGGAUGUGCCCUUCCUCAGCCACAGGAGGUCCAUGUUGCUGGAGUGAAGAUUUUCUAUGGCUCUCAGACUGGCACAGCAAAGAGAUUUGCCAAAGCUCUGGCUGAAGCUGUUACUUCCCUUAAUUUGCCUGUGGAAGUCAUUAACAUGGGAGACUACGAUCCAGAAGAUGGUUUAUCAGAGGAGACAAGCAGCAGGAACAUCUGUGUGUUCCUGGUGGCCACCUACACCGAGGGGCAGCCCCCAGAGAGCGCAGCCUGGUUCUGCAAGUGGCUGGAAGAGGCAGCCAAUGAUUUCCGUGUUGGGAAGAGCUUCCUGCAGGGCCUGAGAUACGCCGUGUUUGGGCUGGGAAACUCGGCCUACGUGGAUCACUACAACACGGUGGGAAGGAGGAUGGACAGGUGGCUGUGGAUGCUCAGUGCCAGCAGGAUCAUGACUCGAGCCGAAGGGGACUGCAAUGUGGCCCAGAGCAAGCACGGCAGCAUCGAGGCUGACUUUGAGGCCUGGAAAGCCAAAUUCCUCACUCUGCUCCAGGCGCUCUGCAAAGGGGAGAAAAAGCCCUGCAGUGGGAAGUGCAAGAAGGGGAAGUGCAAAUCUUCAGGGAAGCAGAGCAAGGAAAGCUCGGAUCAUGAGCAUGGGACUUCGGAACAUGAGAAUACUGAGGCAGAGGAAUUGUUUGAAACCAGUAGUGAGGAGGAAGCUGGAGGCACAGAUUCUGUCGUCGAUGUUGAAGAUCUUGGCAAUAUCAUGGGUCACAUGAAGAAAGCAAAGAGAGAGCGGGAGCUGGAGGAAGGAGCUGCUGGAACGGGGAGGAAGGAGGAGGCUGAGAGGAGAGAGAUGAUCACCCCGGCCCUGAGGGAGGCACUCACAAAGCAAGGUUAUAAACUCAUUGGGAGCCAUUCUGGGGUGAAGCUCUGCCGAUGGACAAAGUCGAUGCUGCGGGGCCGCGGGGGCUGCUACAAGCACACCUUCUAUGGCAUUGAGAGCCACCGCUGCAUGGAGGCCACCCCCAGCCUGGCCUGUGCCAACAAGUGUGUCUUCUGCUGGAGGCACCACACAAACCCCGUGGGCACCGAGUGGCGCUGGAAGAUGGACCAGCCUGAGAUGAUCCUGCAGGAGGCCAUUGAGAACCACCAGAACAUGAUCAAGCAGUUCAAAGGCGUGUCAGGAGUGAAGGCAGCUCGCCUGGAGGAGGCCCUGACGGUGAAGCACUGUGCCCUGUCCCUGGUGGGGGAGCCCAUCAUGUACCCACAGAUCAACCGCUUCGUGAGGCUGCUGCACCAGCACGGCAUCUCCACCUUCCUGGUCACCAACGCUCAGUUCCCCGAGGAGAUCAGGAGGCUGGAGCCUGUCACCCAGCUCUAUGUCAGCGUGGAUGCCAGCACCAAGGAGAGCCUGAGGAGGAUUGACAGACCCCUCUUCAAGGACUUCUGGCAGAGGUUUCUGGACAGCUUAAAGGCCUUGGCUGAAAAGCAACAACGCACCGUUUACAGGCUGACCCUGGUGAAAGCUUGGAAUGUGGAUGAACUCAAAGCUUAUGCUGACCUGAUAACCCUCGGGAAACCAGACUUCAUUGAGGUCAAGGGCGUGACCUACUGCGGGGAGAGCUCUGCCAGCAGCCUCACCAUGGCCAACGUGCCGUGGCACGGGGAGGUCGUGAGCUUCGUGCAGGAGCUGGCGCGGCUGCUCCCGGACUACGGCAUCGCCUGCGAGCACGAGCACUCCAACUGCGUCCUGAUGGCCCACAGCAAGUUCCAGGUGGAUGGCGAGUGGAGGACCUGGAUUGACUACGGCCGUUUCCAGGAGCUGGUCAGAGAGCACGAGCAGAGCGGCGGCUCCAGGACCUUCUCAGCGGCCGAGUACACGGCCAGGACUCCUCCCUGGGCCCUCUUUGGGGCCAGGGAACGGGGAUUCGACCCCCUGGAUGUGAGAUUCCAGCGGAAGAACAAGGCACGGGACAUCUCGGGGUGCUGAGGGCUGGGGCUUGCCGCACCCUGCGCUUCCCAGGACUCCGCUUCGGGCUGCCACCAAUUCUGGAUCCAUCCCCUGGAUCAUCCUGAUCUUUGAGAAGGGGGUCAAGCCUGGAUUUAACCCUUCCCUCCUGUUUUUAGGGCUUCCUGGAUGAAAAUACUGAUAACGUUCUUACCUCGAGAUAAAUCAGAACUGGUUCAGCAGCAGCAUCGGGGGCGCGGUGCUGGGGUCUCCUCAGUGGGGAAUGUUUGGGGUGGGAUGUGGGGCCAGAGGCUUCCUUGGGCUCCUGUGCAAGGAGAGCCUGGCAGCAAAACAUUCCACAUCCCUAAGGAAAAAUGCCAGGGGAUUGCAGCCCCACAGGGUUGGAUCAGGGCAGGUGGGGGGACCUGGAUCCAAAACCUGAUCCCUGCUGGGAGCGUCGCCUUAGGGCCUCUGCUCAGGCUUAGGUAUUUUAAACACCGUUGCCAUUUCCUGUAAAACCCCAUCCCCAAGAAGCCAAGGCUUGGGAACGGUGUAACAGCGCCCUGUGGACACCAGCUGCAGCUCCUGGUACCGCUCCAAGGAUCUUCCAGCAGGAGCAAGGGCUAGGAGCAGUUCUAUCCCAUCCCAGCAGCCAUAACAACAGGUCCAGUGCUUCAGACCCUGUCAGGCUGCGCCUGGCUGUGCCCAGUGUCCAGCAGGGUGUGCCCAGUGUCCGGCUGGACGUGCCCAGUGUCCGGCGGGGUGGUCCCGAUGCUGUGGAUGGAGCAUUCCUGGGAUGGGGAUCCCAUUUCUUUUUAAAAGCAGCCUCUUUUCUUAGGCUGUACAGAGUUUCUAAAGCAGAAGGGAAAUAAAGGAGCUUUGCCUCGA